AUGGUGCUUCCACUUUAUUCGCCCGACGCUGGCGCAUAUCACGAGGUAGAGACUCCAAAGGGCAGCGUCAUGGUAUCGGCCGAUCUGCUUUCACCAUCCAGCAACGAGUACGACGAGGAUUCGAGAACACCAUCAUAUUCCAGCGAGAGUACAGAGGGCAUCGCAUCUCCUUUAUCGAAUGAUUCAUCCAGAAUAUCGAGGUAUCACACCCCUGGCCAUGACGGCGUUGAGACACACAUCCAACCCAUACCAGCGGCGUACCCUGAAGUCCCUACCUUCGGCAGCACGUCGCCUUUGAAAAGCCAGACAAUACGGCCAGAAAAGCACCGACUUGAAAUCCCGGAGAAGCUCAACUAUGGACCGCCGCAGGCUUGUAACGUUCCCGACGAGCAGCCAUUGGGACCUGGUUUCCUUCCUUUCUACGUCAACCCUCAUGCACCAUUAUCAACACCUUAUCAACCGGCACAUCCCAUCCGGACAGCAUCACCAAAUGGCAACAGUUUAGCUCCAGGGAACUAUUCGUUGGAGGGAACUGAUCAGGCCAUUCCGUCGUAUAUGUCGCCGGAGGCUAUUAGGGCAAGAAACAUAAUACUCUCCUGCAACCUUCCAAGAAGACAAAACAAACCGAUAUGGAACCAGCAUCCGGCCCAACAAGAAAUGUUCACUGAGGACUUUCACUCAUCGAAACGCCAGAAAAUGGAUGGCCAGUAG